AUGGAACGCAUCGACCCUCGUGUCCGGAUGGCAUUGGACAUGGAGCAGGGCCGUCUUUCCGAAGCAAUGGCCAUGAUCCAGGACUCCAUGGACAACGUCCGGCGCCUGCAAGUUGAGAACUGUGACUCGGUGGACUGGAACGACGCGCACAACGUCGCCCAGAUUGCCCAGGGCACCAUGUUCCUCCUCUUGGCUAUUUGGCUCAUCUUCGCAAACAAUGCCAAAGUGGCGGUUGGCCAGAAGGCGCCACUGGAACAGCGGCACAAUGUCUGUGCCACCCUGAGCACCGCUGUGGCUCUCUUCUCGGGCUUCUUCAACAUCAUGCAGCUGACAGGCAUCGAUGACUUCGACAUCCCGGGCUACACAGGAGGCUUCGUGUUGCAGCUCGCCCGGCCUGUCGAGUGGAUUCUCACCUGUCCCAUUCUACAGCUGAAGCUGGUGGUGUUGGCUGGGGCACGGGUGCCGUCAUACCGUCGGUUCAUGAUGCCCAUGCUCUCGGCAUCUGUCCUUUUGACCGGUGUGGCCGCUACAUUCACAGAAGGAGCACUGCGCUAUGUAUGGUUUGUCUUCGGAUCAAUCUUCUGCGGAAUCAUGUUCUACUACAAUGCGCAGCAGGUUUCGGAGAACAGCGAGGGCGAGGAAUCUUUGCUUCACGGUGAAUCAGACUACCGCAGGCUGACGCUACUGCUGAUUAUCACUUGGUUCCCGUUCCCAAUCUGGUUCGCCUUGAGCCCGGAAGGUUUCAACAUUGUGGACUCAGAGCUGACGAUCGAAAUGGGUUGGGUGGCCUUGAACCUGCUGGCGAAAUUCUCCAUGAUCAUCCUGGGGCAGCGGAUGAAGAUGGUUCACCAGCGCAAGAUCGAGGCCGCGCGGGAGCUCUACGGCAUGUCCCCCAAUGACGCAGUGUCCGGCCAGGCGUUGGACCAGAAGGCGCUGGCCGAGUCUUCGGGCAAGGGACGGCGCUUGGAUGCUUCUGACUAUGGACUCGGCAUCGGAGAGGAAGCAGAGAGCGAGGAGAAGAUGAUGGAACUCGUGGCUGACACCAUGGUGACGCUGCAGCUGGCCAACCACACCGAGCGUUUGAUCAAGCUUCUCGUGGAGAGCGGCGUCACCAACACCUCGGUCCUGGAGCGUCUAAACCAAGAGCGUUGCAUGGAGCUGUGCCUGCCUUGGGCUCUGGUAGAUGCCGUCCAGCGCCGGUGGAGCAACGAGAAGAUGAACAUGGGCCAGGAUCAGGGCGGAGUGGUGGAGAAGGAGGACCCUUUCAUGAAAGUCCUGCAAGCAAACAAAGAGCGCAUUACCACUGUGAAGUCCUCGAGUAACAGCACUGGCAUGGCGACGCCGCCAACUGGCAGCAUUGUAGAUGCUGCCGGAAUUACUGGCCUUGACGGCCAGAUCGCGGUGGCUGUUCAGAGAAUUGUCGUGCCAUUGCAUGAGACCUUGCUGGCAAAGCUGCAAUCCUUGCACGACAGCAUGAACCAGUCUUUAGAGUCCACCCAGGAGAGCGUGGCACAACGCAUGGACUUUGGACAGGUGACGCUCAUGCAGACCGUGAACGCAUGCCAGGUGUUGUUACACAAGCUGGACUCUUCACAAGAAUCUGUCCUUCAGAAGCUGGAUCUUCAACAGAAGGGGUUGGAUCAGAUCAACACGCAUUGCACAACAUUGCAGUCCAAGCUUGCCGAUGUGCAGAGCACAACGACCUCAACGGUGGCGGAAGCUGUGGAUGCUUCUUCCAAAGCCUUGCUGGGGAAGCUUGAGACGACUCAGACGGAUCUUCUCAGUCAAAGUUCAGAGACCCAUUCGGUCCUUCAGAAUGUGGCAUCGGUCCAAAAGACCAUGGUGGCCAAAAUGGAAAGUGGCAACGACUCGGUGGUGCGGAACUUGGUCGAAGUGGAGAAGACGCUGGACAAAAAAAUCGCAGAGCUUGCAGAGUCUGCGUCUUCUUCAUACACCGUCAGUUCCGAGUCCGUCCUUGCCACCUUGAAGGAACAGAUGGAUGUCCUGAAUGACCAAAGCACCGCUGCCGUGGUCACAGCUGAGCGCUCCGCUGCCGCCCUGGAUGAGCGGAUGUCAGAUGUCCGUCGUCAAAACCUCAUGAUGUUGGACCUCCUUACGAGCUCCAACGACAGAAUCCAGAACUUCUCUGAGAGCCUUGACACGAUUCGGAGCCUGGACAAUGCCACGGCCGGUGAGAUCCGCAGCAUUCUAGCAGAGCAUAUGGGCAACAGUCGCAAAGAGGACGGUGACAACGACCCCGAAGCCAACGCCGACAUGCAAUCGAUGGUGGCGCGUUUGGAAAGCAGUGCGGCUCGCCUUGAGGCAACAACUGGCCUGGAGUCGGUCAAGAUGGAGUUAACAGACAUCGAGAACCGCUUGGCAAAGCAGCAAGAGCAACUCUUGGGGAAUGCAAUGCAAGAGGUGAGAGACAUGCAGUCGGGCCUGGUGGCGCAGAUCAAGGACGUAAGCAUGCAGGGCGCAUCAGGCCCAGAAUCGAAGAGUGCCUCGCCUGCCUCGCCUGUCGACAAAGCCGAGAAGCAAGAGCGAGCAGAGAGGCCCACCAACAGCCCCUCUCGCAAGCGCAGUGAGGUGCGAGGAUGA